AUUAAUUUCAUCAGCUAAAACGACAGAAAUGUUUUUAUUCUGUAAUCAUCCAAUUCUCAGUACUGAACGCAGCUGGAGGUCGCUCCGCAGCACUGAAUACGGCGAGCUGGAGGCUCACACAGUCCGCGCUUCGCAGGGGAUUGUGGGAGUAUCCCUGUGAUGCUGAUUCAGGAGGAGAGACAGCGAACGGAGGGUGGGAAAUGGUGCAAGAGCGAACCAGAAAAAAAACGGCAUUGACCCUGGGAACGAAAUGACGCGUCUCUUCAGAGUCUCUAAAUCUCUUAUUUUAUUGCGGCGGCAGAAGAGCAGGUCAGGACGCCAGCAUUUAAUUAUGUUUCUCUGGCAGCUUGUCGUUGGAAUGCCUAUAAUCACCGCAUUAUAACAUCGCUGUUAUGUGGAUUGCACACGCUGGCUGCCUCGCAUAAUAAUAGCAAAUGGAUGUAUCAAACCAUGCGUUUCCAAAAGCGACAGGAACUCGUUAAAUUACUGCCUAGGCUAAGGAGUGACGCUCACAAUACGCAUUGUGUCAACCAGAGAUAAAUGGCAAUAGUACGGCAACAGAAAAUGAUUAGUUAAGGAAGACGAUGCUUGCGCCUGGAGUUGCUAGAGCUUGUCAUUACGGGAAAUGCAGUAUUUUGUAAAAAGGUGACCACUUAUUCUUCUAGGCUACGCGCAGGACGUCACAUCCCAAUGUGCCCUAACACGCCCUUAUCAAAGUCAUCUAUUUCUUUAAUUGUGAGCUAUUAUUUUCGAGGAUAAAUUCUGCGCAGGCUCGCCUCCGUUUUAUAGCUCGCGUCCUUCUACGCCCUAUAAAAGUGCGAUUUAUGAAUCGGAGAGGUUGUACGCAGGUUUGAUCCUCAUAAUGCACAUGGUCUAGAAUUAGUCCAAUGGCCGAAUCUCUUUUCGGGGGAAUAUCGAUUUUCAGAGCGAAUCUCUCAAUUUUCAAAGGGCGGGGUGGAAAUAAAGGUGUUCAUUGGACCUGAAUGUGUGAGAGGUGGGACCCGCUGUGCACGUGUGCAUGCUAUUUCUCAGGAAGAAGGUGCGCUCGUGCGCCGCCUAUCGCGGGGAUGUCGUGAUAGCUGCGGCUCAGAGCAGAAGCUCGCGCUGCAGUGCGGACAGUAGGAAGGGGAAGAGGUUUGGAGGAGGGUUUUCGUACAUAUACAUAUAUAUGACCAAAUAUAUUUUCGUGGGAACACCAAACAUAUGUUGUAUCCGCCUGUAACGGUGUAGCAAGUCGUGUUCAACUACAGAAUAAAGCAAUGUAAUCGCUCUUGUUUUAAGAAACUUGAUUGUUGGCAGCCUUUUAAAAAAUAUCAAAAUAUGUAUUUAUCAGGCUAGCACGCGAACUCGGGUUUUUAUUGUAUUGAUUUGUGAUAGUUUACUAAAAAGGCAACGUGUUGUAAUCUUGUAUUUUAUCUAAGGAAUACUGGAACAAUGACGGAUGCAUUCAUUUUAAAAUUAAGGCAGAGAUGCGAUUCGAGGCUUCUGUGAUAAAAUACUGCUGCUUGAUGCCUAUAAUGUAAAACAAUCUGGAUUCACAUUUUUGAUUUGGUUAUAUGUCUACAGAUAUGAACAAAUUAAUUAGUAGAUGUUUCCCUUUCUCCGGUGAAUUGGCUAUAGAUGUGUUGUUAUAGUUUGCGCAGCAUCACGAGGCGCGCGGCGAUAAGGUGUAGCUCGGUUGUAGCGGCGCUACAGUGGGCUUGUGUCUUGGCGACGCUGAAGUUGAAAUAAUGUUUUCUAUUUUACGCGGAAAAUUGAGUCAACCAAGUGGCAAAGCGGGAUUCGUUAUCUUUUAAAUUAUUCUGGGGUCGAGGCAUUCUUCGGCGUGGGUAAAGUGCCCCAGAUGAAGGUUACCAAACGAAGACGGAAAGGAAUGCCGACUUACCUUAAUCUCUGCGCCGCCAGAUAAAUGGCAGCUUUAAGCUGGGCGCGGCGCGGGUCCUGUCAGCCUGGCAGGCUCAGUGCCUAGCGCCCGUCCUGCUGGAACACGCCAACAUGAACGGGACCGCUGAGCAGGUGGACAUUCUGCCACCGAACUGCAUGAUCAAAGACCGCUGGAAAGUGCUGAAGAAGAUUGGCGGUGGCGGCUUCGGGGAGAUCUACGAGGCGCUGGACCUGCUGACACGGGAGAACGUGGCGCUGAAGGUGGAGUCGGCGCAGCAGCCCAAACAGGUGCUGAAGAUGGAGGUGGCCGUACUGAAGAAGCUACAGGGUAAAAAUCAUGUUUGCAAGUUCAUUGGCUGUGGAAGGAAUGAGAAGUUUAACUAUGUAGUCAUGCAGCUUCAGGGCAGGAACCUGGCGGACCUGCGGCGCAGUCAGCCCAGAGGAACCUUCUCCAUGAGCACCACCCUGCGACUGGGCAGGCAGAUCCUGGAGUCCAUCGAGGCCAUCCACUCUGUGGGCUUCCUGCACCGCGACAUCAAACCGUCAAACUUUGCAAUGGGGAGACUCCCCUCCACAUACAGAAAAUGCUACAUGUUGGACUUUGGCCUUGCUCGACAGUACACCAACACCAAUGGAGAGGUCCGACUGCCUCGUUCUGUGGCAGGGUUUCGGGGAACCGUUCGCUACGCUUCAGUCAACGCGCAUAAAAACAAGGAAAUGGGACGGCACGAUGACUUAUGGUCCUUAUUUUACAUGCUGGUAGAGUUUGCAGUUGGACAGUUACCAUGGCGAAAAAUAAAGGACAAGGAGCAGGUGGGCUUGAUUAAGGAGAGAUAUGACAACAGGAUGCUGCUCAAACACAUGCCCUCUGAGUUCCACGUCUUCCUGGACCAUGUCUUAACCCUGGAUUACUACACCAAGCCGGACUACCAGCUCCUGAUGUCAGUGUUUGAGAACAGCAUUAAGGAUCGGGUCAUCAUGGAGAACGAGCCGUUUGAUUGGGAGAGAGCAGGAGGGGAGCUGCAGUCCUCCCCCCCCACCCCGCUGCCCCACACCCGCCACACCGCCGCCAUGAUGGGGGUGGUGAACCUGACGGCUGGAGAGCUGCAGAGGGAGAACACAGACGACGUGCUGCAGGAUGAACACCUGAGUGACCAGGAGAACGCCCCGCAGCCGGGACCCAGUCGCCAUGGAGACGGCAACCCGCCACUGCCCGAGGGAGAGGCCUGGGAGGAGACCGACUUCAACCGCAACAAACUCAGAAUCAGCCUGAGCAAGGUGCAGGCUGGGAUGGAGGAGGACCCCGGCAAGGGGCUGUGUCCCGUGUCUCCGGUUCGGGGGCCCAGUCCAGACUCCCCCAUGCAGGUGCGCUCCCUGCGAUACCGCCGGGUCAACAGCCCGGAAUCAGACCGGCUGUCUGCUGCUGAGGGCCGCGGGGACGUCUACGGCCAGCGGUCUCGUAUGGACAUUCUGGGCUCUCCAUCGCGGCUGCUGUACUCCUCCCAGCCGGCUCAGAUGCUCUCUGUGGAGGUGGGGCCAGGGGGACUGGGGGGCGGGGCCAGCGGCCGGCAGGAUGUCUCUGUGGGCGACCAGGAGGCGCAUAGCAAUGCCUUUAUCAAGUCCGUCCCAUUGGCCGAGGAGGAGGACUUUGACAGCAAAGAGUGGGUGAUUAUCGACAAGGAGGCAGAGCUUCGGGACUUCCAGCCAGGGGCAGAGCCUACCACCUCCGGCACCACUGACGACGAGCCGGAGGAGCUGCGACCAAUCGCAGAGCAGGAUGAGCGUCGGAGGGGCGGGGCUGAGCCAGGGGGCGGGGCGAGGCCCAAAACGCAGGAGGGGGGGCGUGGCCGGGCCAUGCUGACCGUCACCGAGGAAGGCUCCACCCACAGCCACACCCCCAGCCCCGCCCUGUCCCCCUGCCACUCCCUGCCCCCUGCCCGGCCCAGGAGGCGGGAGUCAGAGCCCUGCGGCCCGCAGGGACAGUUGGAUGACAGACAGGCCCCUCUCCCCACGCCCAAUCAGCUGCGGCGGUUGCGGUCCUACGUGUUCUCCUCGUCCACGCUGGAGACGGAGCAGUACCCUCACCCGGGCGGGUCUCUGAUCCAGCGCAGCCGCUCAGCGGAGAGCAGCCCAGCCCGCGCCUCGCGCCGGCACCUCCCUCUGCCCCCGGGGAGCCCGCGUCGCUCCGUGCUGGGCGCCUCUCGCCUGCAGAUCCAGCAAAUCAUCGCCAGGCUGAUAAACAAGACGUGAGCCCCGCCCCCACGCCAUCUCCCUCCCCUCCACACACCCUACCUUAAACACAGACUCCUCACGCAAUAAACUCACACUCCACACACCCUACCUUAAACACAGACUCCUCACGCAAUAAACUCACACUCCACACACUCGACCUGAAACAGAGUCCUCCUCAGGCAAUAAACUCACACUGCUCCCCCCCGGGAGAGUCUGCAGGAGCGAGGAGCCAAUCAGGCAGCAGUGCGUGGGGCCUGCCGGGUGAAGGCCCAAUCGCAUGACAGCAGGUUCAUGCUGACAGAGCGAGGAGCCAAUGGCAUCGCAGCUCUGCCGUUUCUCUGCUGCAGUCAGACUGAGAGAUUGUGUGUGAGAUGUGUGUGAGAUUUGUGUGAGACAGGUACUGUUAGACCACAGGCAGAUAUAAUAUAAUCCAAAACAGGAGGAAACCCUUUGCAGAAUGUUCAUAUAUAUAAUAAAUAUAAUAAAUAUUGCCACUUUAAUGUGCAGGCUGUCAGUAGAGCACUGUAUUGCAACAUGAAAGUGUCUGUAUUUUAUAUAUUUUUCAUAUAGGUUACAGGCAAAUUUUUGAACAUAUUAUGUCAAAUUAUUGUUCUUUACUUUCCACAAUUUGUAUUUCUGGGUUGCCAGUGAAGUUUUGAGAACACAUAUUCCUUAUACCUGUAUAUAUCCAUCCUAUUCUAUAUCCACCCUAUUCUAUUCCCACCUCUCUCUGUCCCGGCUCCAUCCUGUCUUGGCUCUGUUCCUGACUCUGACUGUGACUGUGAAACGUCCUGGUGCCUGCUCUUCUGCUCUCUCUGAGAGUGCUGGGGCCCAGCUUUGCUCUGUGACUCUCACUGACUGCGGUUCGUCUAAAAAUGGUGUGUGUGCGUGUGAGUGAGUGUGUGUGUGGAGUGUGUGUGAGUGUGUGUGGAGUGUGUGUGAGUGAGUAUGUGUGGAGUGUGUGUGUGUGUGUGUGAGUGAGUGUGUGUGUGUGUGAGUGAGUGUGUCCAGCUUCAGGGGUUAGCAGUGUGCACUGCAGGGCUUAAACUGGCCCAUAGGGGGAGCUGUAGAGCAGGUGCCUGACUGACUGCUUCAAACACAAAGCACAGGGUCCUCCACACUGAUUUGCUCAGCACAGUGUCCUGCUGUAGGCAAGCUGCACUGAUUGGCUGAGCACAGGCUCCUCUGCACUGAUUGGCUGAGCACAGGUUCCAACUGUAGGCUAGCUGCAGUGAUUGGCUGGUUACUCUAAGCUUCCAUAUGCAGAGGACUGUGGGUACUGGGCCCAGAGGGUGGAAUCUCUGUGAACGUGUUUAUUCAGCCACCCAAUCAGAACACAGGGUCUGCCCUUAUAUGGGCUGUGAGCAGGGAAGCAAGGCUUAUCAUGAUUGGCUGUAGUGUACAUCACAGUUUCAGAAUGUCAACAACAGUGUAUCUCUAUCUGUCUGUCUGCAGUAGCACGGUGAAAUAAGAUGCUGUGUGUGUGUGUGUGUGUGUGUGUGUGUGAGAGAGCGAAGACUAAGGCACUUUAUAUUGAGGGAUUUAGUGUCUCACUGCACUGAGGGCAGGAAUAUGAACAGAAUCUGUUUUAUUCGUUUAGCACUUUUUAAAUGACUUAAUAAUGUCAGCAUCAGUAAUAUCUGAACUCCUGCAGUGAAACAGGCUAAAAUGUCCAAACGUCUGAAAAGAGAAAUUAGCUGGUUUGGUGAAAUAUUCUCAAUAAUCUAGAGGAAUUUUACUGCUGUCUGAAGGGUAUUUAAGUAUUUCAGAGAAUUAUUUCACUGGUUUGGCUGCUAUUGAAUAGUAAGUGAGCAUUGUGCAAUAUGAUCUCAAAAUACACAAGUAUUUCAGUGGUGAA